UGAACGCGGUGGCUUCCAGGGCUGUCCCGGUGUCGAGACAAUGGUUUGCCCGCCUUUGUCUCCGCCGGGUCCAGCCAACAUGAGCCCUUGCGUUUCAAACAACGGGCGCCGGGGACCGUGGCGGCGAGCAAGUUUCCCGCAACCCACGGGUCCGCAUCCCUGCCACCACUGCCGGAACAGCUUGCGCCAAAGUGGCCCCGGCCGGAGUCUAUCUUGACGAUAUAUCCAGUGCUGCCUCCCGUUGUCGACCUACACGUCUUCAGCUGGCCUCUGCUACCCAGCUUCGUCGUCCUCAUCACCACUCCAGGGCAUCCUCUGCACACACCUGUCCAUCCCUCCCGCCGCCCACGACCAGCGGACAACGUGCAGAGCCAUCAUGGCCGCUCCCGCCAUGGACCACACCAACGCCCUCGUGGGCCGCCACAUCCAGAACAUGAGCGAGGGGACCCUCCAGCCGCACUGGGGCUACGCAGACCGUGUGAUUCCGUGUACCAACGACCCGGGCUCCUGUACCUACCUCGAUGCCGUAUACGACGCCCACGAUGUCGGCAUGUACUACACCGGCAUCAUCUGGGCCACCGGCGGUGCUGUCCUGCUGCUCUGGGCCCUCUCUCGUCGGGUAUGGCGCCCUACAAGAGCCGACGAGGUCAUUCGCACGCCCACCGAUGUCGAGAAGUCACCCUCUGCCGCCUCGUCCGUGGCAAGCACCGGCCAGCGGCUCCGGGCCGCAGUCAGCGCCGGGCUCCGGCGCCAUCUCCUUCCAGACAGCGUCCGCGCCAUCUUUGGCCGCACCACUCGGCUGCAGGUCCUCAUCCUCGCCAUCCUCACUGGCUACAUCACCAUCUUCAGCUUCAUUGGCAUCGUCUAUGGCCUCUGGAUCACCCCUGUCAAGAACAUGCCCGGCGUCUACAACACCAGAAGCUCUCUGGGCCCUUGGUCAGACCGUAUUGGUGUCCUUGCCUAUGCCCUCACCCCGCUCUCGAUCAUGCUCUCCAGCAGAGAGUCGAUCUUGUCUCUGAUCACCGGCAUCCCUUACCAGAGCUUCAACUUCCUCCAUAGAUGGCUCGGUUACAUCAUUGUCGUCCAAGGUGUCCUCCACACCAUCGGCUGGACUAUCAUUGAGGUCAAGCUCUACCAGCCGCAGCCCAAGGUCGCCAUCGAGUGGAUCACGCAGUUGUAUAUGAUCUGGGGCAUUGUCGCCCUCAUCCUGCUUCUGCUCAUCUUCGCUCUCAGCACGCCGUGGGGCAUUCGCCUUACUGGCUACGAGUUCUUCCGCAAGGCGCACUACGUCCUGGCGAUGGUCUACAUUGGCGCUUGCUGGGCACACUGGGUCCAGCUCAGGUGCUUCAUGCUUCCCGGGCUGCUCAUCUGGUUUGUCGACCGUGCCAUUCGCAUCAUUCGGACGGCCCUCGUGCAUUACCAGCACCUGCCCGACAGCACCAUGGGUUUCCGUGCCGCUCAGGCCAACAUCUCCAACUUCCCGGAUGCGGACCACGGCGACGUCGUCAGACUCGACUUCAAGUUCCCCACAGACUGGAAGAUUGGUCAGCACUUCUACCUCUGCUUCCCCCAGGGCAGCAUCUGGCAGUCACACCCUUUCACUCCUCUCAGCCUCCCCAACGUGCUAAACGGAAAGGCCACCCACUCUUACAUCUUCCGUGCCAAGAAGGGCGAGACCAAGAAACUGGCAGAGCUUGCCGUCAAGAAGCUGGCCGAGUCAAAGACCGAAGCGGUCACGCCAGUCAUCCUCCAGGGCCCUUACGGAGAGUCGAUUGCUGAUAAUCUUACUCCCGAUGUAAAUAUUCUUUGUGUGGCCGGCGGCACUGGUAUCACCUAUGUCCUCCCAACGCUUCUGAGCCUCAUCGAGCAAGCCCCCGUCGCGGACCGCAAGAUCGAGCUCGUCUGGGCCGUCCGCAAGCGCAACGACGUCCGCUGGGUGCAGCAGGAGAUCAACGUGCUCCACGCCGCCGCCAGGACGCAUGGAAUCCGCAUGCACAUCUUCGUCACUCGGGAGCAGUCGAGCCGUCCCGGCUCGCAGGCGAGCAGGACGGACCUUAGCGAGGGCGAGAAGGGCGACAGCAAAGCCGUGCGUAUCAAGGAGGCGUCUGCCACUUCGUCAUCCAGCGGGUCUGUCCACAGCGAGACGCUGGACAUCGAGAAGAUCGGUGGCGAGGGGCACGAUGUGCACCCAGACCUGAUCGCGCUGACCAAGGAGUUUGUCGCGGGAACGGCCAAGGGCCGGACGGCGGUGAUUGCCAGCGGUCCUGGCGGGAUGAUUAGCGACCUGCGCAGCGUCGUUGCGCAGUGCAACAACGGGGGCAAGGUGUGGAACGGUGCUGAGCAGUUUGACGUGAGCCUGACCUGUGACGAUCGGCUCGAGUGGUAGGCGGUUUUGGGAGGAAAAAGCGCAGCCUUCUUGGUUCGUGCACAUGUGAUUUUGCAUAGCAAGCGAUACCCCGUCUUUUAAGACAAUGUUCAAUACGUGCGGUCAAACAAUAGAGCGCCUUCUAUAUGGUCUUACUUGAA